CAGAAAUAGAAGCAGCAAAAUGCCCUCCCAGAAGUGCUAUUAUUUUCCUUACAGUUACAAAAUCUUUUUAUAAUCAAGUCAGUACUCAUUUAAGUGAAGAGAAAGAUGAAAUGUUGCCUGAUGUUUUGUUUCAUUGCAAACCUGAAAUGUGCUCGCUGUUCACUGUGGCUCAAGACCUUCCAGAGAAUUAAAAAAAAAUUGAGUCAUUAUAUGGCUCAGAGUGAAAACCAUGUGAAAAACUGUGGCUUCUGCUAAUUUAGACCUCCAACUCAGCAAGUGCAUGUGGGUGGCCUUUUGAAGUUUGAGCAGCACAUCUCCUGCUUGAGCAAAAUGGCAUCGUACUCCCGCAGUUAGUGGCACUGGGCCAGCUCGCACCAUCUGAGGACAGGCCCUCCUGCAUUUAUCCCAGCACAAAACGCCAAAGAGGAGCUCAAAAACCAUUAAGGCAUCUGAGGAGAAAGCUUUGAAAAAGUCUGUGCAAAGUCCAGUCAACUGAAACUGCAUACCUUGCCUCCAGUGUGUGGAGGAGAAUGGGCAGCACAGCCAGAAAGCCAAAAUAUUGAUGUAAGAUCCCACAACAAGUCUGUCCAAGAAAGACAGAAUAACAGAAUCACAGAACAACAGGGGUUGGAAAUGACCUCUGGAGAUGAACUUCAGCCCCUCUAAAGCAGGUUCCCUACUGCAGGUUGCACAGGAAAGAGUAAGCAAACAGCAUGCACUGCCAUGAGCACUUGGUACAGAAAGGACCCCGGACGAAGACAUUGCCACCAAUUGGUAUUGCAUGCAAACCAGAACAGGACAAAAAGCGUCUCUCUAAAACAGUACACAGAAGAAGGAUUCAUGUGGAGAUAGGAAAUGUGUGCAACUUCUAUUUUCCCAGAUCUGUCACCUUCACAAAGGACAGUCACUGAAUGAUGGGGCGUGAUGGUGAUGCAGGCCCAGCCCGAUGCCCAGCUGCACGCAGCCCUGCACUGUGAGAUCCCCGACCAAGGGGCUGUGACAGCAGCAGGAGAAGGCUGUGACCUCACCGGACCUCCCUGCAGAACUUGGGGCGCAGCAGAACCCAGCAUCACUCGUGCCUGGACUCUGGUUGAGCGCAGUCGCGAAACUUGGAGCCGCGAACGAGGCUUUGUUUGUGCCGUGCUGUGGGGCUGCUGGCAGCAGUUCCUGGUGCCCAGCCCUCAGCAUCGCCAGCGUUUCCCCGGCCCUGUCUUGUUCAGGCAGCCGGGGCCCCGUGGGGUGCGCUCGCAGCAGCGGAGUUUGUGACAGCUCCUGCCCGCUGCAGCGCCAGUGAGGGGAGCAGCUUUCACAUCUCAGCUCUCCCCAGCCCACCGCACAGCCCAGGGCUAUGGAGCUGCCCUCGGACUGGGCCUGCCCCAUCUGUGGGCAGAGCCGGCACAAUGCAGCCUACGUGACACCGUGCCUGCACCAGCUCUGCUUGGGCUGUGCGCUGCGGUGGGCAAAGCAGCAGCCCACCUGUGCUGUAUGCAAGGAGAACAUCGAGGCCAUCCGGUACUCGGUGUGGGCAGAGGACGAUUACCUCAAGUGCCCCAUCCCACAGCCCGCAGAGCACUCUGAGGACGACCAGGAGGAUGAGGAGGGCUCUGCACAGCCGCAGCUCGUGGCUCCCGAGCAGGGCUUCCGACCUGAGCUCUGGGCAGAUUUCUUCCGUGGAAAUCCAGGAGACCUCGAACCACUGCUCCAGUGGCUCCAGCAGGAGCUGGAGAGGAUCACUGGUGACGAGUGGUGGGAGGUGCUUUCAGCACGGAGCGCUGUCAUGCACCUCCUGAGCACAUAUGGGCUCGACGAGGAUGCCCUAAUCCUGUCACUGGAGGCACAUCUGGCAGACGACACGGAGGAGUUUGUGACAGGGCUCAUCACCACCGUUACAGCCCUGUACGGCCCAGAGCUCCGGCGGCAGCAGGACAGCCAGGCUGCCCGUGAAGCAGGAGGGCAGGACAGCCCCGCAGCCACCCCCAACCCUGCCACCUCCCAGCAGGAGCCUCCUGCCUCCAGCCCAGGCUGCUCCGCCAGCCCUGCAGGCCCCAGCACUGAGCAGCUUCCUGCCGUCCCUCAUGGGGGGCCCGAGCCCCAACCCGCUGCCCCCGUGUCCCCGGAGGAGCCGCAGGAGGAGCCGGGGCAGGCGGAGGCAGCGGGCCCCUCCACCCAGGGCACGGAUCGCUCGCCUGGGGGGACCCGGCGCCCCCCGAAGAGGAGGGCCAGCAGCUGCCACCCGGACUUGCCCCCAUCCCCCAAGAGGCGGCGCUAGGCCGGCACCCACUGCGGUGCUGAGCACGGCUCUGGGGCUGGGAGGCCAACUGCGAUCUUUGUAUAAUUUUAGAGACAAUAAAAAAUGA